GAACUUUCAUGGCGCCGAAGUUUGUUAUCGUCUUGAAGCAUUCCCACACUUCGAGAGUGAGCAUAUGCAAGCACUACGCGGAGGAGGCAGGUUUGAUGGGGAAGAAACGGGUGGUACUUCAAUAUCGACCGGGCGGGUAUUGUUCGAGCGUUGUGCUCGAUUUUAGGUCGAAGAACAUGAGGUUGAACAAGAAGGGUUUUAGGCUCGAUUUUGCUCAAGGGUGGCGUGAUUUUCGAGUAGCGACUGGGAUGCGUUAUUACAGAGCCUAUUCGUUUGAGUUCAUUCCUAGCAAGGGGUUGAUUGAGGUUAUGGAGGUCUGAAGAUUACCAAGUUAUUCGAAUAUUCCAAUAUAAUUCGGCUUUACUUUAUAUAUAUAUUUAUUGCAUUUU